CGACACAGCCACCGCCUAAGCAAGUUGUUCUAAACCGCGACCGGGUGCCUGGUCAACACCUUCUCUUUCCAUUUCUUGUAUAUCAUCUAAAGCUUGGAUUAUCAUGUUUUACUCGGAAGCUAUUUUAUCGCGCCGUGGGCCACUGGCCAAAGUAUGGCUAGCCGCGCAUAUGGAGAGAAAACUCUCCAAAACACAGACACUACAGACGGAUAUCGAGCAGGCGGCGGAUGCUAUCAUGGGACAGGAGGUUGAAGUCAUGGCACUACGUUUAAGCGGACAGUUAUUGCUCGGUGUUGUUCGAAUCUACAGUCGUAAAGCGAAAUAUCUAUUGGAUGAUUGUAACGAAGCACUUCUCAAAAUCAAGAUGGCAUUCCGCCCAGGUGUUGUUGAUAUGACGGAAGAUCAACUGGCUGUCAACCGCAAUGCCAUUACACUUCAAAGCGGCAAUCUUGACCUGGACGUUUUGCUUCCAGAUAUCAAUUGGGAUAUUGAUUUUGAGGAUCGUAUUGCUGAACCUCAAGGUCAUCAUGUUGCACGGCAGGCAGAUAUCACCCUUCAAACUGCUGACGACCUGCAAUUUGACCUUGACGAUCCUGGCUAUGGUUUUGAUCUUGGUCCAUCAGAUGGCAUCGGUUCACAGGACUUUGGGGAGCUUGAUCUUGGACUCGACUUUGGAGACGGACCGGUCAGUGUUAUCGACGGGGGCGUAGAAGUUGGUCGUGAUGCCCCGACUCCACGAAGUGCCAGAGAGUCGUUAGAUUCUAGAAUGAUGGGAAAAGGUGGAGAGGGUGAAGAUUUCUUCUCGAACAGAAGUAGAGAACCUUCCGAACAUCCGUUUGGCGCCGACAUGGAUGUGGACAUGGGUUUUGGUCCAGACAUGGGAGGUAUGGACAUUGACUUGGGUAUCGAUUUCGGGGACCGCCCCUUGAGCGAUCGUGAAAAGACUCCCGAACAAACUAGGUCUCCUUCUCGAAUGUCCGCUGCAAAGGCCAAGCGCAAGCCCAAAGAAAAGAAGCAAAUCAUUGAUUCUGUUACUGAACUCACCGAUGGCCCCGGAGCUAGAGCUGGUCGUGGUCUAGGCGCGCCCGUUAUCAAGGAUGUUAGUAAUAUCCUUGCAGAACAUCCAUCUCUCCCUCGUUCCGCGAUUGUGAUGAGGCUCAUGGAGAUCCGCGAGGAUCCCCUUGCCUACUUCCUUCCCACCAAGGUUACGCCAGAAGGCACUUUCUUCCUCGCAGGCCCCCCUGGACUAGCACCUGAACUAUCCGACUUGUUCAUGCGUCCUCUACAGACCGGCCUCCCAUCGAAAAAGAGGGGUGCAUCCCCUGACAAGGCAGGGAGAAAAAAGCCUAGGGUUGAGGGGAGCAUACAUGAGGAUGAGCUGGUCGAACAAGCUCGGCGGGAUGCCAGUAUCGCUCCGAGCAUCGCACUUGCUAGUGAAGCUCUUGGUGGUCGUGCCAGUAUGGCUCCUGACGGUGGCUUCGACUUUGGCGACAUGACAGGCGGUUUGGACGAAUUUCAGAUGGACGUUGGUGGCGAAUUCCCGGUGGCACAUGACGAAUUGGGAUUGGAACAAGACAAAGGUGCCGCAACGGAACAAAGUCGAUCGUCCACGCCAGCCGUCGAUGGUGAAGAAGGUGAAGAGACCUAUGCUGAUCUGACGUGCCCUAUCGCCUCUUUCGAUGUGCGGCCCUCGCCCACUCAGGCUCAGGAGGCUGCUGGUGAUGGCGAAGGCACAGGAUACAGCAAAAAUACAGUAAAAGCGCUCGGCAUCAUUCGCAAGGAGCUGAAACCCGAAGAUCGCGAGGAUGAUGAGGAGCGAGUCAUGAGCUUCCGUAGGAUGACGGAGAAAGCUUCUCGGCGUGCUGCAUCUGCAUUCUUCUUUGAGCUUCUUGUCCUCGGAACUCGAGACUGCGUAAAGUUAUCGCAGAGCGCCGCCUUUGAGAAUAUCGAAGUCCGCGCUAAGGACAAAUUAUGGGAGCGUCAGCGGCACGGAUCUAUCGCUCCAUCUAUUGCAUCUGCUACAGUAUUCUAAGUGUAUUUAUCUUGUUUCUUUUGAUUUUCAGAUCUUGUUUCACAACUAUCUACGAUGUGUUACUAGGAUUUUUCAUCAGUUUAUUCUAUCUCGUGAGCUCGUUACACCAAGCUUUCGAUGUUUUGUUCUCUGUAGCUUUCAUAAUUUAUACUGUAUCUUCCUAUACAUCCUAGAUUUGUUUGCCUCGAUCUGUAUGUUUCCCUUACCUACCAAGAAAUCGGGAAUACAGUCGUAAACAAUUCAGUCGUAAAUGAAUUCACAAAUAGUGUGCACCUUUCGAUUUUGCUAUUCAGACCCUACCUCCAUCAAUACGUACGAACGCCAAA